AGAAGCAUUCUGCAAGGUGUCUCGCCUUGCACCACCAUGGCUGCCUCACAGCCUCAUUGUCGAGCUGUCACGCAAACGCAUUCUACCCCGCUAACGAACCACUCUGUGGAAAUUUCUACCAUGAAGAAGGAUCUUCGCCCGCCCUUAGAAUGCCGCCUGAGGUUGUUCGCUUCCACACCUGCUGAAUAGCACAGAUUCCAUUGCAGGAUCGUCGGUCCGGCUCCAGCCCCUUGCACCUUCCGUGAACAUGGACCCAACGGCAGCGCCGAUCAACGAGAAUGAUGAAGGGGGUCGCACGAUAGAAUCUGCUCAGACAGCCGAGCUGGUAUCUUUGAUCAAGCCUCCCGAGUGCACCGUCGAGGAGGGGUUGUCUCGUGAUCCAGAAGCCUCAACAUACAAUGUGGACGUGUCGGGCAGUUUGUCGAGUUCGUUAGCUCCAGCAGAGACGGACAUCAGCAACGACUCUACAGCCUCGUCUGAGAAAUCACAAGCGGCAUCGGAUACUGCGGGUUUUUGUCCAGAGCCACUAUCCCUCCUUGGAAAUCGAGCACUGAAGAAACUCGGAGCAGCAGCAUUCUGGACCCUUGCGAUAGCGUCUCCUAUCAUUUGGGCAUGUCUUGGUUUUAUUGGGUUCCUCUGGUUUGUUGGUGUCGACAACGAUACCUGGCGUUGGAUAGUUGUCAACGACCAUCUUGUCACUGUGGUUACCGCCCUUUCCAAAGGCAUCGAAACCGGCAUACAACUUCAGAUGGGCGUGAUCAGUGCCAUACUUGCGGGAAUACUUCUAGAAGGAUCUCAUGUGACGCUUACAGAUGUCGCCAACGUAUCGCUCACUCGAUGGAGCGGUGGUGUCGUCAAUUUGCUGCUAAAUCUAUGGCAGCAAUUAAGUCACUCUGAUCGUCCAAAGAGAGUGCUGCAUAAGCCGUCGAUACUACUUCUAAUGACUGUGGCUGCAACAAUCAUAGCCUUCUCCCAAGUGGUCACCAUCCUUCUCAACAGAAACCUACGUCUCGAACCUCUCGCAGGCUUCAGUGUCAACGGUACAGUAAUGUACGAUUUCCUAUCGGCCACAAAUCCUGGGAGCGGUUGGAACACGAAACUCUCACUAUUUCCGACAUUCGCCGAAUACGGAAGACCUGGCGUGGAACAAACUGGCGUCAUAGAUACAGGUCCUUGUCUUCGUGCCUUCCUGCCGUAUCCAUCGGCAGCCGACCGACAGAAUAUACACUCUUAUCGAGGUCUCGCUACACUCAUCGACACACGGGUAACGUGCCAGAAGCCUGCUCUGGUAGAUGCCAAUCUUUUCUACGAUAUCGCAACGAGCGGUCUCCUGGUCACUGGGUCUGUCGGAGCGUCUCAGCACACGCCAAGGUUGGAUAAUCAGACAGUCGUGACGUUCCCAUGGGAUAUGCAGGCAGCCACUGACACCUUUGCGUAUAACAUGCCUGUUCCCUUCCUCUGUGUACUUCCUACGGUGGCGACUUUGGAUCAGUGGCGCACAACAUUGUGUUCAUUACCAGAAGACGGGAUUGAGGGCUAUUCCGGCGGCCUUUCGAGUGAAUUUGCAUCGCUCACGCCAACGAAUCUUUCUAAUGGAUAUAACUGGAACGUGUCGUCGAACUCCCAAAAUCUGGGCCAGGCAUAUCUGAUUCUGAAUCUCACAACAGGGUCACAAGCACAAUGGGCCAAAGAGCUUCCCCCCAGUGACGAAACCGGGUUUCAUCACCCCCCUCAAAGCUAUCGAGACCGACAAGAGUGGGUGGACCUCCUUUACUCCAAUGACACUCUUGUAUUGAGUAUAACGCUCUGCUACACCUCCUUCGCGACCGCGAAUCUUCCUGUGCUGAUGUCCAGCAACAUGAACCGCACGGAACCCAUCCCGCCAUACGAGAAGUCUACUUCCAGUUACAACUAUGACGACGUCCGCAGGCAAUUGGGUCAAAUCAACAAUCCAGUACGAUCAUUGUCGACGCCAGAAGAGCGCGGUAUCCUUACAUUGAGCAGCCAGCGCGAUUCUUGGGUGGCGCAACCCUCAGAGUUAUCCUCGCAAGAACCUUGGUUAAGGCAGUACUUCAACAUCCCGGGGGAUCCUUUCAGCGGGCCCGGCUUCGACGGCGAAAGCGCCAAUUCCACAGUAUUCCUAUUCAGUGGGAAAGCCCUGGAAGAGGCUGGUGUCAACUCUCUCCAGGCUGAUUCGACUCUGGUCACAUUAUUCCAAGAGAUUGUCACCACCAGCGGUGGCUCGGUCGCUUUUGCAUUGCAGAGUCUGUAUACGGUCAUGGCUGCGAAUGUUUACUACCUCAAGAUGCCGGAGUUCGACGCCACUGCUGUCGUGCAACGUGCAGAUUUCAAAAUUGUCAAUCGACCGAUGCAAGCAUGGGGUUUCUUCGUCGUGCUAGGCAUGGUGAUCUGUCAUUUCAUCUUGCUGGGGAUCAUUGUAGUGGUGUUUUUCCGCCAGACUAGAUAUACAUAUUUGGGAGAGGCUUGGAUGACGCUCGCACAAACCGCUGGAGGGACCGUGGUGGAAGAAGAGAUCUUGGCGGAGGUGAAACGGCAUCGAGGAGUCAUCACUGACAAACAUAUGGACGAGAUUCUAAAGCGGAAGGGUGUUGGAAACAUGCGUGUUCGCCUGCACCAACGGCCAAAGAGGGGUUUGAUUGGCGACGAACCGACAGAUCCGACCGACGCGGAUCACGAAAAAGCCUUCUCAGGACCAGAGAUCGUGGGAUUGUCUCCCGUGAUCAGGUGGCUUGGAGAACACAAGUAGUCCCGAGUGUCAACACAAUAGUUUGCGAUGUUUUGAGAGAAGGUGCGCUGUCGCCUGUAGUUCCCACUGAGUUUCUGGUGGCAUGAUAGACGUGAUUAUAAGGACCUGAGCCACGCGGGCACGGUAGGCACUGGUGAUUGCAAUAGCUGUAUUGCCUAUUCUAGCUGUACGUCCUAUUGACAACGACA